CACAGCCUACAGUGAAAUCCCCGACCUUUGGACUACAUCAGUCGUCGAGACUCCUAUAAAAUCCAGAACCGGCGCUCAAUCCUCAACAGAGCAACUGAAGAGUCAUUUUGUGAAUUUAGUUUGCAACCUCAGACAGCACCACAGUUUGAAUGAUCUUUUACAGAUUUUCUGAUAAUUAUACAUUAUAAAAAGUGACAUGGAUUCUGUGGACGUUGUGAAUAACCAGAAUGUGGUUGAACGGAUAGUUCACCUUCCCUUGUUUAUUUCCACCUAUGACUUGGUGUCAAAUGUGUACUGCAACACCAAGAGCACCCAUCCAUGCUUGAAGUCUGUGUGUGAGGUGGCUGAGAAUGGUGUGAAAUCCAUAACCUCAGCUGCUUUUCACAGUGCUUUCCAAAUCAUCGGCAAGCUAGAGCCUCAGAUCUCUAUGGCAAAUGACUUGGCAUGCAAAGGACUGGAUAAGAUAGAAAAGACUCUGCCGAUCCUACACAAGCCGUCUGAUCAGAUCGUCGCCAGUGCCAAAGAGGCAGUGACAGGAGCCAAGGAAGCCGCCAGCAGUACCAUGAACGGUGCCAAGGAGUCUGUCUCCUCCACCCUCAGUGAAGUGACAGACAGAACACGAGGAGCAGUGGAAAAGACCAAGACCAUGGUGCGUGGUGGAGUCCAAACAGUGAUGGAGAGCAGGGUUGUCCAACUGAUGAGCAGCAGCGUGAACACAGCACUGAGCACAUCUGAGACUCUCCUGGAGCUGUACUUACCUGAAACAGAGGAGGAUAGAGAAAGUGAAGUGAAGAACUCCAGAGGAUUGGGAAAUAACAGUGAUGCACCCAGUUACCACGUGCGGCUGGGGUCUCUGUCCAGCAAAGUCCGGGACAGGGCUUACCAGAGGCUACAUGAGAAACUGAGUUCGCUGAUGGGCUGGAAGAGUCAAGAAAAGAAUGAGAUGGUCACACACAAUGAGGCUGAGCAAAUUGAAUCACGCACAUUGACCAUUGCCCACAACCUCAGCCAACAACUCCAGAGCACAUGUGUGGUCUUGGUGUCCAGCCUCAAAGGUCUCCCUCAGCACAUCCAGGUCCAGGUCCAGAUUUACAGCAGCUUCAGUAAGGUUGCCGCCCUAGAAGAUUUGUCCAACAAUGUCCUCACCAGCAGUCGAUCCCAGCUGAGCAGAAUAAGAGAUUCCACGGAUAACGUCAUGGACUACCUGGUCAACAAUACACCUCUCAAUUGGCUGGUAGGUCCAUUUUACCUACGUGUGGAACACAGGACUGCAAACGGCCCCGAAUGUGACAAACCAAGGACCCUUCGAGUCACUGAAUAAAGACCGAUGAAAUUUCAGAAUAGUAACCAUUUGUUUCUAUCUUACAAAUAUAUGUACAAUCACACAUUCCUGCCAGUAAAAACCUUCUCUACUUUGAAAGCAGUGAUAUUUACUGUGAUAACAAUCAUAAUAAAUAAUAUACAGUGUG